AUGGGGGACUGGUCCAUUCUUGGCCGCUUCCUAACAGAGGUCCAGAACCAUUCCACCGUCAUCGGCAAGAUCUGGCUGACAAUGCUGCUCAUCUUCCGCAUCCUGCUCGUGGCCCUGGUGGGGGACGCCGUCUACAGCGACGAGCAGUCCAAGUUCACCUGUAACACCCUCCAGCCUGGAUGCAACAACGUCUGCUAUGACACGUUUGCUCCCGUCUCGCACUUGCGCUUUUGGGUCUUUCAGAUCGUCCUCGUCUCCACACCUUCUAUUUUCUACAUCGUCUAUGUCCUGCAAAAAAUCACCAAGAAUGAAAAGCUGGAGGUCAAGAACGCCGAAGGGUCCUCACCUUUGAGGGACAGACAUGUGGGAGUAGAUGAAGAGACGGCACUGGAAGCUGGCAGUCCUGAUCGCACUACCUGUACCAACGAGGACUGGAUCUCACAGGAAGGUGAAUAUGAGGAGAGUCAGAUGGAAGAGCAAGUGGCAGAAGUAGGAAAGGACCCAACCCAACUCUCCAGUCAAGUCCUCCUUAUCUACAUCAUACAUGUGCUGCUGCGCUCCAUCAUGGAGGUGAUCUUCCUCAUCGGGCAGUACUACCUGUUUGGGUUUGAAGUCCCACACCUGUUUCGCUGUGACACCUACCCCUGUCCAAACAGAACUGACUGCUUCGUGUCCCGAGCAACAGAGAAAACCAUCUUCCUCAACUUCAUGUUCAGCGUCAGUCUCGGCUGCUUCAUCUUGAACAUCGUGGAGCUGCAUUACCUCGGCUGGAUUUACAUUUUCAGAGUCCUGUUCUCUGCAUGCUGUCCCUGCUGUGAGUCGGACAGAGACCCCGCGCAUCAAGUGGAACUCUAUUCUGACAACAACCCGCUGCUGCUGGAGCUCAAACACUCUUUACGUGGCAGGGUUGUCCUGCAGGCCACCUCCGCUGUGUCCAGGGACAAGAGCAGCUGUGUGUCAAACCCGGCGCCGGCCAUCUCCUUCGAGACGGACUCAACACUUGAGUGCACUUCGAAGAGAAAUUCAGAUGAAAAAGAACGCACCAAAACUAGACUGCACAACUUGGGCAAAAUAGGAAGAGGCAAAAAGUCAUGGCUUUGA